GCGCAGUCGGCUCUCAAAAGGGAGACGUAGGGCGCAACACCGCAAUCACUGCAGGGCGGCCGCCAGGAGGUGGUAGGUCGGAGGCUGCGCGUCGCGAGCGGUUCCCACGGUCUUGCCCCGGCUGUCGCCGUCACCUUCGUGAUCACCCGCCGCAGGUGUCUGCGGUUGAAUGCCAGGGCCCAGGAUGAUUUGGGCGAUAGCCGUGUUGCUCAGCCUGGCGCUGGGGGCCGGUGCUGCUCCCCAGGACGACCCCGAGGACGGAGGCAAGCACUGGGUGGUCAUCGUCGCAGGUUCGAAUGGCUGGUUUAAUUACAGGCACCAGGCGGACGCGUGCCACGCCUACCAGAUCGUGCACCGCAAUGGCAUUCCCGACGAGCAGAUCAUUGUGAUGAUGUACGACGACAUCGCCAACGCGGAAGACAACCCCACGCCGGGAGUGGUGAUCAACAGGCCCAACGGCUCGGACGUGUACGCGGGCGUCCUGAAGGACUACACCGGGGAGGAUGUCACACCGGAAAACUUCCUUGCUGUGCUGAGAGGUGAUGCAGAAGCAGUGAAGGGCAAAGGGUCUGGGAAGGUCUUGAAGAGCGGCCCCCGGGACCACGUGUUUGUUUACUUCACGGACCACGGGGCCACGGGACUGCUGGCCUUUCCCAACGACGACCUUCACGUGAAGGACCUGAACCAGACCAUCCAGUACAUGCACAAGCACAAGAAGUACCAAAGGAUGGUGUUCUACAUCGAGGCCUGUGAGUCCGGGUCCAUGAUGAAGCACCUGCCCACCGACAUCAACGUGUAUGCGACCACUGCUGCCAACCCCGACGAGUCCUCCUACGCCUGUUACUACGACGAGGCGAGGUCCACCUACCUGGGCGACUGGUACAGCGUCAACUGGAUGGAGGACUCGGACGUGGAGGACUUGACCAAAGAGACUCUCCACAAGCAAUACCAGCUCGUGAAAUCCCACACCAACACCAGCCACGUCAUGCAGUACGGAAACAAGUCGAUCUCGACCAUGAAGCUGAUGCAGUUCCAGGGGAUGAAACACGCCGCCAGCUCUCCUAUCUUGCUGCCUCCAGUCCAGCGCCUCGACCUCACUCCCAGCCCCGAGGUGCCCCUCAUGAUCAUGAAGAGGAAGCUGAUGGCCACCAACGACCUGCAGGAGUCCAGGCGUCUCGUCGAGGCAAUCCACAGGCACCUGGAGAGCAGGAACGUCAUCGAGAAGUCGGUGCGGAAGAUCGUGUACCUGGUCACGGGGUCCGAUGACGAGGUGGAGAGGCUCCUGUCCCAGAGAGCCGAGCUCACGGCGCACGACUGCUACAAGGCCGCGGUGACGCACUUCCGCAUGCACUGCUUCAACUGGCACUCCUCCACGUACGAGUACGCUCUGCGACACCUGUAUGUGCUGGCCAACCUCUGCGAGGUGCCUCAUCCUGUCGACAGAAUAAAGUUGGCCAUGGACCAGGUGUGCCUGGGCUACUACUGAGCUGCCGCCUUCCUGCCGCUCUUCCACCUGUGAGCACCGUCCCUGAGCGCGUGUGCCACCGGGAGUGGGUGGAGUGCGAGGGGGCCGGCUGCACUCCGGGCGCUCCCUGCCUCCCGGUCUUCGGGUCUCUGGGUCUCCUGGUCCCCCGCGCAGCGCGCCGGAAAGCUGCGGACUCGCUGGGCACAGCCCCGUGCUAGGAGAGACCUCUCUGCUUCUGGGGAAGCUGUUCUGCUUGUUUUCAGGAACAGGGAGUUCCCCUGGGCCUCUCCGGCCAGUGAAAGAACCCCCCUCCACCCCGUGCGGAGGAAUUUGAAGCUGGCGCCUCUUUAAGUCUUCAAAGUGAUUUCGUUGAAGGGCGAUGGGAGCCCCAAAUGGAAAUCUGUUGUUAGAAAAUAAUACGUUUUGAUUGCUUUUAUGUUCUAUUCCUCAGUAAUGAGCACGUCUUGAAAAAUAA